AUUCUUAAAUUUUUUGAAGUCACUUCUGAUACUUUUUCCAAGUAUUCACGCUCUGAAAGUGCUUUUGUUUCUGUGUCAUCCAAGGUUAUGUUUCUAUAACAACACAAGAAUUGGCCUAGACUCUGCAUACAACGGUUCCAGGGCCAGAGAGUUUUCAUCAUUGUAAAACAACAGCAUCUGUAAUUCAUCUAUCAGGAACCCAGUUUGGUCCCUUCCAUGCUUGGGAAGCUGAUCAGCAGAGUCGUUGGCUUCACGGUGCCUAUGACAAAAGGGUCAUCGCUGCUCUAUCCGUAAAUACAUUGCGUGUAUUCCUUCGAAAACGCUUAAAACCGAGAUGGUCCUCUAAUCACGAAUUGAACCCUUUAGAGUGCAAACAGCAAGCUGAAGCAAGGCUUCUGUUCCGAGUCAGAGAAAAAAUAAAUAACUUCGACGAUCUGGGCAAUGCCGCAAAAGGAUUCAAGCUUUGGUACAGUUGUAACACCGUGAUCUUAAUUUUGUCCACCACACCGCAUCAUUCUUUCAUAGAAUGAGUAUAUUCAGAAUCUUCUUCUGCUUCUUGCUCGCAUCAACAGGCAUAAUUAAACUUUGUAUGCACGGCAGUAACGUCCAAAUAUAAGCAACAACCGGUCAUUUUCCUCCUCCUCACGAGCAUCUGUUCUCAGAAUCUUUUCUGCCGAUCAUUACACUUGAACUCGCUCCAAGACACGAUGAUCCGACUCAUCUCUCUCGUUUAUACAUGCAUGGCCGUUUGAGAGCCUUCUCAUUAGAGCUCACUAAUUCACUUCAUCUGCCCACGUCAUUGACACUUCUUUCAUUCCUCUGCAACGGUAAGCAAUUAAGGAGAGAAAAGGACGUGAUCUUGAUGGAGCGAGCAGACGAUUCUGAGCCGUUGAAAGUGACGUUCAGUGGGCCCGCCAAGUACUUCACUGAUGCUGCUCCGAUCGGCAAUGGCAGGCUCGGAGCCAUGGUGUGGGGUGGCGUUGCCUCAGAAUUUCUCCAACUCAACGAGGAUACUCUCUGGACUGGGAUUCCGGGCAACUACACUAAUCCUAAUGUACCAGCGGCUAUGGUGGAGGUCAGGAAGCUCGUGGAUGACGGUGAAUAUGCUGAUGCUUCUGCAGCAGCUGUCAAUAUGUUAGGAAAUCCAUCUGAAGUUUACCAACUCCUUGGGGACCUCAAGCUGGAGUUUGAUGAUCUCCAUCUUACAUAUGCUGAAGAAACAUAUAGCAGGGAACUAGACUUGAACACUGCUACCGUGAGAGUUGGAUAUUCUGUAGGCAAUGUACAAUUCUCAAGGGAGUACUUUUCAUCUUACCCUGACCAAGUUAUUGUGAUGAAAAUAUCUGCAAGCAAAUCAGGAUUUCUUUCGUUUACAUUGUCUCUAGGUAGCCAGCUACACCAUCACUCCUAUGUCAAGGGCAGUAACCAAAUUAUCUUAGAGGGGGCUUGUCCUGGUAAAAGAAUUCCACCAGGAGCAAAUGAUAAUGCUCCCAAGGGAAUACAGUUUUGUGCCAUUCUUGAUCUAAAGAUUAGUGAUGACAUUGGCAUAAUAAGUGUCUUGGAUGACAAAAAAUUGAAGGUUGAGGGUUCAGAUUGGGCUAUUCUGCGCUUAGUGGCUGUUUCUUCGUUUGACGGACCUCUAGUAGAUCCUUCAGAUUCUAAAAAGGAUCCCACCGCAGAUGCAGUCAGUGCGCUGAAAACAAUAAGAAACCUUUCAUACUCUGAGCUCUAUGCACGCCAUUUAAGUGACUACCAGAACCUUUUCCAACGUGUUUCACUUAAUCUUAAGAAAAGUUCCAGCUCUACCAGUGCCACAGGAUUCGCGUCUCCAGAUACUGGUGAACCUUCUUCAGUGACUUGUCUAUACAAUAAGGGGAGCGGCAAUGGUAGAAUAUCUACUGCUGAUAGGAUUAGGUCUUUUGCAAUUGAUGAAGAUCCUUCUUUUCUGGAGUUGUUAUUCCAUUUCGGUUGUUAUUUACUUAUUUCUUGCUCGAGGCCUGGAACCCAGGUGUCAAAUCUACAAGGAAUCUGGAACAAGGAUAUUGCACCAGAUUGGGAUUGCGCUCCUCACUUGAACAUCAAUCUUCAGAUGAACUAUUGGCCUUGCCUUCCCUGCAAUCUUGCUGAGUGCCAGGAGCCUUUGUUUGAUUUUCUUUCCCCUUUGUCCAUCAAUGGGAGUAAAACUGCAGAGGUUAACUAUGAAGCAAGAGGUUGGGUUGUACAUCACCAAACUGACAUAUGGGCCAAGUCAUCACCAAUUCCAGGUAAGGUUAAGUCUGCAAUGUGGCCAAUGGGUGGCGCAUGGCUUUGCACACAUCUCUGGGAGCACUAUAUGUAUACAAUGGACAAGGACUUCCUUAAAAACAAGGCAUAUCCUCUGUUCGAAGGAUGCGCAACUUUCCUGUUGGACUGGUUGAUUGAAGGCCCUGAUGGGUAUCUCGAAACCAACCCAUCAACAUCUCCAGAACACAACUUUAUUGCUCCCGAUGGAAGGGUUGCUAGUGUGAGCUACUCAACAACAAUGGACAUGAUGAUCAUAAACGAAGUGUUCUCUGCAGUUGUUACCGCUGCUGAGGUUCUUGGGUAUACCGACAGUGAUCUAGUCAAUGAAGUGCGGAAGGCUCAGACAAGGCUUCGCCCAAUAACAAUAGCCAUGGAUGGUUCUAUCAUGGAAUGGGCCCUAGAUUUUGAGGAUCCAGAGGUGCAACAUCGUCAUCUUUCGCACCUGUUUGGCCUGUUUCCGGGGCACACAAUGACUUUGGAAGGAACUCCUGAUCUCUGCACUGCUGCGAAGAAAUCACUCUAUAAAAGAGGAGAGGAUGGUCCAGGAUGGUCUACAACAUGGAAAGUCGCUCUCUGGGCACGUCUCCAUGACAGCGAGAAUGCUUAUCAGAUGGUCAAACAUUUGAUUACCUUGGUGGAUCCAGAUCAUGAGGUGUCCUUCCAUGGAGGAUUGUAUAGCAACUUAUUUGCUGCACAUCCUCCUUUCCAGAUUGAUGCUAACUUCGGCUUUAUAGCGGCGGUUGCGGAAAUGCUCGUGCAGAGCACGGUGAAGGAUCUGUACUUGCUUCCCGCACUACCCCGGGACAAAUGGGGGGAUGGUCGGGUGAAGGGGCUGAAGGCGCGCGGCGGGGUCACUGUCGACAUCCGCUGGGGCGACGGAGACCUCCGUGAAGUCGAUGUUUGGUCCGAGGGCCAUAACUCUCUUCAGAAGCUGCACUACAGGGGGACUUCAGUGAAAGUAGACAUUGCAUCUCGCAGAAUCUACACAUUCAAUGGGCAGUUGAGACUCCUGAAGACGUCCUCGCUUUAGGACAAAGCUUACAUUGUACACAGUGUUUCCACGUUGAGUCUAAACUGAAUAAUAAGAUAUCCAUUGUCAGGCAAGGUGCGGUUUUAGAUCUCUUGAAGCUCAUCUAUAUAGCUCGAGAGCCCGAUUGAUAAUUUAGACAAAUGACAUCGAGGGCAUUAUCAUAUAAGACCUGCUAUGGACUUGAAUAUAUAAAUGUGAUAAUUUUAUGUU